AUUUUUGGCGCGAAAGUUGACAAGACAAAUCAAAAUGGCGGCCGUGAAAAUCGCAAUUAAAUAAUGGACGAACUUAUUGAAGGCGAAGAUCAGGAUGAUUUGACGUUAAAUAAGUUGGUUGACAUUUUGGAAAAAGGUACAAUCUGUGGUUAAAAUAGUGAACAAAUACCGAAAGCUCUGUGUAUAGUGAUAGUUUGCCAUCAAAUCGGUGCUUAAAAAUGGCUUUGUUAUUAUAUAAAUGUAAUGUAUAUACUAUAUUCGCAGCAAUUUGCCUACCAGAAGACGCGGACAUAUUAUUUUCAAUGCUUUAACACGCUGGCGGUAAACGUAUGUGAAAUGUUUAAUUUAAACAAAUUUUACACAUCUACCUAUCAAAUUGAAAGUUGAUUAUAUAGAGUUGGGAUUUAAUACCAGUCAAUGGCGCAAAAACGCUCAUCAAAUUUCAACAAGCUCAGAAUUGAGUUCGUGAGAGUUGGUGGUCAAAUGUGAGGGGGGUGCUGGGUGAGCAGCCAAGAGUUUCUUUAUAAUUCUUUAGGGGGUGGUGGGACAGCAUUCAAAUGAAUUGGCUUCCUAAUGUACAAGUCAAUUCCAACUGCCAUCAUCCCCCCGGGCGAACCCCCUGGAAUUUGACUUUUAAAAAAAAAUACGGUCAAAUUUCCGACGGUGCGAGCGAAACCCAUUGUCAAAUUCCCAAUGGUGCGGGCAAAAACAUAGUCAAAUGCCCAUAUCUGCCUCGUACGUUUCCCAUAUAAUUUUACAUGAAGAGAACCAGCUAGACUUUAAAUGUUUAUUUAAUUUUAUGAUCAGCUCAAAACUUUUAGUUUUGCAAUUUAUAUAGUUUUGAAAUGGGUCAUUCCAGAAAAGAUCCAUACCCCCCCAUGGAGGAAAUCGAAAAUAACCCCCUCCUCCCCUUUGGAUAACCUUGAAUGGUUCAUCCUCCCCCCUCUCCGGAUGUCAAAGCCCAAAAUUACCCCCCUCCCCUUCGGACAUCCACUAUUUCUAAAGUUUUAUAAAAGCUAACUAAUGCGGGCAGAAUUUACGUGUGUUCACACUACGCAGACAUUCCAACCACUGGAGGUAAAAAUUAGGGAGACUGUUCAGUGAAUUGAAUUCUGGGAAAAAAGAAUAAAAAUUAAGUCUUCUGAAAUGGCAUUUUCUGCAUUUUGGGAAUAUGUUGUUAUAAGUGAUCCUAUAAAUUGCCAUAAAGCAACUUCAAAAAAGGUCAAGACAGACUAGCUAUUAUGUUGCUAAAAACAGUAUAUUUAUAAUUUUUUAUGAUAUUUCCUGAAUAUUUUGAAAAAUCGGGAGAAUUUGAUAAAAAUCGGGAGACCGGGAGAUUGCAUGAAUUUUCGGGAGACUCCCGGUAAAAUCGGGAGAGUUGGAAUGUCUGACUACGCCAUUACAGUUUGUUUACAAAUUAAAUUAGCACUCAUGUAAACCCAAAAUAUUUCAAAUAGAGCCAAGAAAUUUAACUGAAAAGCAUUCGAGUUUACAUGUUUGUGUUCACAUGCUCAAAUUGUUACGGCAAAAGUGACGUGAAAGUUUUCAAACGAUUUCGCUCCAGCGUAGUGUGAAAGUGAUGGCUUAUUGUGACUUUUCUAUGCUGUUUUCAAAUAGCUCCGGCGUGGUGGAACACUUGGCGGCUUCUUGUGAACACAAACAAGUGGCAGGUUUUGUCGGAAAAUUUGCAGAAAUUCACUUCGAAAUUCGGUCAAGUAAAAUUCGGACUGAAAUUCGAUGUAACUUGCGGGGCCCUUGCGACUGAUUGACAAGCGUUGCUGUGUUUACUUACAUGUCUGACUGCUUACAUGUUAAUGCCUUUUUUAGUAUUACUGCAUUCCUUAAAGGGGAAGUCAAGUCCGUUCUGCGCAUCGGUUCUGCGCAUAACAAUGUGAGGACCUCUAAUGUGAAAAUUGCCCAAAUUUCGAAUGUUUCGAAUUUUUCUGAACAUAAACUUUAUUUCAUAUUCAUUUAGAAACAUAGCGAACCAAAAUAGUGUUAGAUAUUCCGACAGUACAUCAUAGUUUAAAAAAUACAGCAGUUCAAAAUGUAAACAAACCGUUUGUUUACAUUACGGACUUGACUUCCCCUUUAACCUCGCCCUUAAUAUGACAGCCAUUUCUAUUUUAGGCACGCAUCUCGCAAGGAAGCUUUAUUGACUAUAUACUAAAACAAAUUAUUUUGAGUUCAGUUCACAUAGCAGUCUCUUAAUUCGAGCAACAGUUUAAUAACUAUUAUUUUUAACACUUGAAUAAUUCAAACUUAUAUACUGAUGUAUACGAAUGAAAACUGCAAAACUUUACUUUUAUAUAAAUAAAGCGUGUGUCAAUUUUCCACUCAUUCUCAACAUGCAGGAUACACUGUUACAGAGAGUUAGUUUUUGGUGGCCAUGCAUGCAAAAGUGGGCCGCUUAUUUUGCUUACGAGUUACAUGGACGUAUAAUUAUUGCUGUUACAUAAACAUUCCGGUUUUUAAGAGCUAUGUAGCUGAUAAAAUUGCGUGCUCAUUAUAAUCGCUGAUCACAUAUCUUUAUCACAAGUCUCAAACCUUUGGACAAACUUAUAUCCGCAUUUCCUCUCGCCCCCCUUCGGACAUCCUAAGACAUUUUUCCUCCCUCCCCUUUCGGACAGCAAAAAGUUCCUCCGUGGGGGGUGGGUGGGGGUAUGGAUCUUUUCUGGAACGACCCAAUGCCGUUUCUUUUUUAUGCUCGCUAUUGUAAGUUCAAUUUCUUUUUAUCUAUAAAAUAUCAUAAAGCACAUAACUUUUGAGACAAAUUCUGCAAAAGAACAAGCAAUUACAGCCUUUUUGAUGUCCCUGGUCGAGUUCCAAACUUUAUAUAACGGCAUUUUAUAUAACGGCAUUUUAUAUCAUGUUCAUCAACUUUCAUCUACACCAAGCACUUAGCGCGACCGCUGGCCAAUUUUGCGCCAGUGAUCAGUCAAAUGAAAGGGGUCAAAUGCCAGACGGUGCGGGAAUGUUUUCGCGUCAAAUUCCCGCCUAUGUAGGAUUAACCUCUGGUCAAAUCCCGGGGGUUCGCCCGGGGGGAUGAUCGCAGUUGGAAUUGACUCUUGCAUAACGACUCAAGUGCCAAAGGCGCAAGCUCUUUUUCAAGGCAAAAAUUUUGAAAAUUAGAACCCUAGAAAUGUCAUUUCCUGCGAUAUGGGCAUUGAAUUAUGAGCUUCAGUUUGACUUCAAAAAAGGAAAAACCUUGGAAAUUAUGCCAUAUUUCUGAAUUUGAUUCCCCCCUUGCACCCCUGUUGACCAAGGCCAGCAGGGUGCGCACCCCUGUGCACCCCCUAUAAAUCCACCCCUGUGCACCCCCCCUAUAAACCCACUCCGGUAGGGUUGACGGCUGAUGUUGUCAAUACACUCAGUUAUUCUCAUUUACUCUUAAUCUACUUGAGCACAUUACUAUUAAUAUCGUCUUUGAAAGUUACUGUACAUCCGGUCAGUGGAAUGUGUUUUGGCGAAAAUAUUUAAAUAUCUUAUGAGAGCAAAAUUGGUGCUGACUACUUUCAUUCAUAAUAUUUACAAACAUGGAAUGCAGCAAUUUUUAUAGCAUUCUUGAUUUCUUAUAAAGUCCUUUAGCCAAUUUUCAAAUAGACAGGUCUUACUGCUAUAGAUGGGUAUGUAAGCGAAAACUACAAAUAUGUGAUUGAGCAAUUCUUGAUGUUGAGCUCGACGUGUUUUGUGAUGAAAGAAUCACAUUUUAGACCAAAGGGGCAUAAAUGGUUUUCAGAGACAGGUAUAUAAGUAAAAAAAUAAUAAUAAUGAAAACUUUAUUGAAAUAAAUUUUAUCAAUAUAUAUACAUUUGUAAUAAUAAUAAUAAUAAUAAUCUAUAAUAUUAAUAAUCUAUAUUCAAUUAUAUUUAUAUUUUAAUGAUAAAAAAUGUUAUAAUAUAAUUAUUAACAAUUAUUGGAUGAGACUGAGCAGGAUAUCCAGAAUUAUUUAGACCGAGGUCAAUGUUAUCUGCCGAAGCCGAAGGAUGAGGCAGAUAACAUUGACCAAGGUCAGAAUAAUUCUGGUAUCCUGCGCAAGCCGAAUUCAAUAAUUGUUUUAUCAUUCAUUUUGUGACAGAAAGAAAACAAAACAAGCAACAAUUGAAAACAAAUAAAUAUUCAUUGAAUUGAUUAACUUUUCGUAAAUUCAACUAAAAAUUUCCCGCCAAUUUGUAUUUUCACAUAAAAUACCGCUAAAAUAUCUUGGGCGCCGUCCGCAGAUGCUCUGCAGAUUACUGUUUCCGCUGGAAAUAGCGCAGGCACCUACAAAUACCCAAAAUUAUUUGUAGGCUCUUAGCCAAUGAAAAACCGAGAACACAGUACAAUGAAUAAUAAUAAUAAUAAUUAACAGUUAAGAAUUUAUUAAUUUAAAUAUAUUAUUAAUAUUUAGAAUUAUUUAAAUUUGUUUCAGCAACAGAAUAUAAUAUAGUAGGUUAUUCUGAUUGCAGUCGUCAUCAUUUUUUUAUACUGUAUCUUUGGUGAACUUUUCCUAUUACCGAGAUCAUCCAUGAUUUCUAUUAAUGUAGAUGUUUAGAUAUUACCAUCUUCAAAACUUACCAGAAUUUUUUGAAAAUUAUUUUGUAACAAACAAUCAAAUACAUCAGCAUAAUACGAGAAAUGCAUCAAAACUACAUAAGUCCUUUAAAAGAACAAAUUAUGUAAAAUACACUCUUUCUAAUAAGGGGAUUGAUGUGUGGAAUGUACUGGAACCUAAAUUAAAAGACAUAAAAACUUACUAUACCUUUAAGAAACAAAUUAAACAACAUUAUAUAUAAAAUUCUUGCAAUUGUAUUUUGUAUCCAAUAUAUUGAAUAAUUUUAGCCCAAUCGUUGUAAUAGGUAUAUAUACUAAACAAUCUUUAUAUUGUAACUCUUUGUUUGAACGAACCUUUAUAGUUUUUGAUAUAUAUAUAAAUGACUAUAGGUAUAUGAUCUAAUACUUCAAAUUGACUGUAAAUAUAUUAAUUAAUUUAAUUAUAUGUUAAACUAGGGGCCUAAAGAAAAAGCCCAACAGGGUUUCAAGUAGGUCUCUAGCCCAUAAUUAAUAAUAAUACAAUUAUAAGGAAAUUACAUGUAAUAAUAGUAGGGGAAAUAAAUUAAAUAAAAAAAACCCCCAAAACAAAAAACAUUCGUUUGCAAAGACAACAAGAGAGCUAAUAACAACAACAAUUUAAUUUAAUUGCUUUUCCAUCAUUGUGUGAUACUAGCCAUAAACACAUACGCACCCACACAAACACACACACACACUAAAGUGAUGGCUGGGUAACCACAACAGCCUGAAAAGCCAAUUACUGUGGGCCCAAAAGAUUAAAACACAAACAUGUAUACAAAUAUACAAUUAAAACGUCUAAAAACAACAGUUCACUGGUUCAGUUAACGUUCUUGCACUGUUGCAUUUCGGGCAGAUGUUCUUGGAUCAUCACAUUCGUACGUUUUCUCCAUUGCGGCAAAAUAAUAUCUUUGCAUUACUGACUUAAAAGAGCCCAGGUUUUCCAUGCUUAAAUCUAACGUGUCCGUUAAAGUGUUCCAAGUUCUGAGUGUUCUAAUCCAAAAUGAUCUUUGGAAAGUCGUUGUUCUGCAUUGCGGCACUUCGUACUUCACUGUAUUGGUGUUGUUAGACUCUUGUGUUUCUCGUUGUUUUCUUACGUAAAACAAAGGACGAGUUUGUUAUGCCGUGGAGUACUUUAAAAAAGUGCACCAUAUCAUAUUAACUAUGACCAUAUCAAGGUGCUCAUGCCAGUAACAUAUUGGAAGUAGUUGAAGAGCCUGCAGUCUGGAUGUAUAGUCAACAGAACAAGUAAAUGGCAGGUUAAAAAUGAAUUUCGUUGCACGCCGUUGAGUUCUUUCUACUUUCGUCAGUAAUUCAACCGACUGAGGUGUCCAUACUUGGGUCGCGUUGUGUUGUGUAUUGUGCGUGUGUUUCUCCUAAUGUAACUUAGCUCUUUGUUUGCGCGAGCACACUGUUGGUUCACUUGUUUGUUCCAUCUUAAGUCGGUGGAUAUCCAGACACCAAGGUCACGCUCAUUUUUGGUAGAUGUCAACUGACAAUCUUUCAUUGUGUAGCUGGUAGUGAUCGGUUUAAGCUUACGAGUAAGUUACUAAUGUCGUUCUGUAGUUGUUUUGCAUCGUUUUCCGUUCGUAUUUUUUUGAAGAGUUUCGUAUCAUCCGCGAACAUUACAACUUGACUUGAUUUCACAGUACUCGGCAAAUCGUUGACGUAUAAGAGAAACAAUGCUGGGCCGAGGAUAGAACCUUGUGGCACUCCAGAUGUUACAGACAGAGGGUUUGACGUAGCUCCUAACACUGUUACGCGCUGUUUGCCGAUUUGUCAGAUAUGAGCGGAACCAUCUGAGCAGGUUGCCUCCAAAACCAUAGUUGUUACGCAGCUUUUGGAUCAGUACAUCAUGGUUGACCUUAUCGAAAACUUUUGACAUGUCCAUGUAAAUCAUAUCAAUAUGUCCACCACGAUCCAGGCAUGACCCAACGUAGUUGAGGGCAUCGAUCAGGUUAGUCACACAAGAUCGUCCGGAUAUAAACCCAUGUUGACAGAUGUUGACUGCUUCUAGUAAACGGUAUUUGACGUGAGAUAAUACACAGUAGAAAAUAAUACACAGUAUUAUUGAGAUAAUACACAGUAAAGAAGUAGGACGGUAGUUCUCGGCGUGUUCGUUGUCACCCUUCUUGUGUAUCGGUACUAUGUUGGCUGUUUUCCACUCGUCUGGUAAUGAUCCCGAGGAAUUUGACUUAUUGAAGAGUGUGCACAAAGAAGGUGCAAUAACGUCCGCUGUUUCUUUUAAUAACUUAGCGGGAAUACCAUCAGGUCCUGUCGCUUUGGCUGUAUCAAGAGAUUUCAACAUGUGGGAUACCUCGACUUCACUAAUUGUCAAAUCAGUUAUAGGAUUGGUUCGUCAGCUCCAUCCUCGUUAGAUUCUUCUCUAGAAUAUACUGACGCAAAGCAUUGAUUAAACAAGUUUGCUAUGCUUUCUGGGUUAUCGGCCGAUACUCGUUGAGCUGUUGCUAUGCUGCUAUCUUACAGCAAGUACAGUAGAAGUAAUGUAAUAAUUGCUGUAUGCCUAUAAAUCAUCAUACUUAUUUGUUGUCAAUUGGUAUUCUAAUUCUAGCCAGUCCAGUUUUUGAACUCAAGCAUGGAAACAUUCCGAUGUUUGGUAAGCCAGCUGUUAUUACUAGAACAGAGAUCAGACACUGUUUACAUGGUUCUGAAAAGGUAUAUUUCAUUCACUUAAUAUAUAUCACAACAUUUAUUACGACACAAGCUCCUGCCUCCAUCAGGCCAAGGAAAAAAAUACCUGCAUGGGUUUCCGGUUUCCUGACUCUACCUAGCUUUUGCCAGUUUUGGACACUGAAAUCACCGACCCUAAUCUUUUUAUCUGAAGUUUGCAAAGAGCUUGGAGUAAAUUUUUGUGCCCAGUCCGUGGCAUUAGUUUUGUAUUAACUGUAUAAGUACAAUCUGUUUGUUUCAAAGUUGGUAUAACAUUUAAUGAAUGUUUGUGCCAUCUGUGUUGCCGUAAUUGUCGUAGGAUAUCAUUCUCAUGCUUUUAAGCAUGAGAAUGAUACUGUACGUCAAUUACGGUAACACAGAUGGCACAAACAUUCAUUAAAAAAAAUUAUAAUUUAAAAAUAAAAAUAUUUUUUUACAAAAAAAAUUACAAAUAAAGAGAAAACCCGACCUACCCUACCUACGUUUUUCCAACACGAAAUACUGUAGGAAACCAAGUUAUUUGUUUUGGCCUCCGUAACGCCUAUUGCACUUUAAUUAUUUGUUGUUUAUCACAGUUAAAUCGUAUUUGUGCGACCCGUACAGGAUUGGAAGCAAAAGCCUGUGAACGACCAUAAUUAUGGGAGAAAUCACCGAAUAAAGCUGCAAGGAACGCGAAAGCUGAAUUGUUCAACCACAAUACAAGUACGGCAUAUCGAAAUAUUCGACGACUUUGAACUGUCGGGUAAUUUUUCCUCCCCCAACAGCAUCCGAAUGACAGAAGAAAAAAAUCUGGAAGGCCUAAAAAAACUAGCAUCAAAUGAGGCGAUAAACACAUCCUCGCUGCACUACAGUACAUCAAACUACCUCUGGGCAAAGAGCAUUCUGGGCAUCUCGUUGGUGAAGGAAAAUGCGUCUGUAAACCAGAUAAUCGACAAAAGAAUAGUGCAACGAAUUUACUAACUCGCCAAGAAAAAUGUCACUAGGGUUAAAGAAGUGAAACGCUGUCUUGAAGGAUUCGUGGUGAAGGAAUUAUCUUCAAAAUCACAUUGUAAGAGCUGUUGCGACUUGGAAGUACUGCAAUAACGAUGACCAAGAGUCCCUUCUUCGAAAAACGAUCAACGAUGAGUUGGAAACAAUCAUCGCCAACUACCAAAUUCUUCCUCCGAACCCAAGAAGGCGACCCGAACUACUUUGGUGACACCGUACCUACGAGCGAUAAUUUCCUUUUUGUUCAUCAGGAAGCAUGGCAAGGAAAGCUUUUGCUCAGAUAUGGAAGUGACCUCUCCCUACUUGACGCGACGUACAAAACAACAAAAUAUGCCAUGCCGUUAUUCUUCCUAUGUGUAAAUGCACCAACGACUAACGUUGGCUAUAAGGUGGUUGCUGAAUUUAUGUGUCAACACGAGGAUAAAAUUUCUGUAUCCAAAGCCUUGGGGAUCUUGCGAGGAUGGAACCCGGACUGGAGUCCAAAAUACUUCAUGGUGGAUUUUUUCAGCGGCUGAAAUAGGGGCGAUUGAAACAUACUUUCCUGGCGUUGUUGCAUAUAUAUCUGAUUUCCACCGUCAGCAAGCAAUCCAGCGUUGGGCCAUGGCCGGUAAAAACGGCCUAGAUCAGAGCGAGCAGGAGUUCUUCCAGUCAGCUACAUGUAUGACAGGAGUUGGUAGUGCUUCAACAGAAACGCAGUACAACGAUUUUAUAUUAUCCAAGCUUCGCCAAUCAGCACUCUACAAAACAAAAGAAAACGCGAGAAGCUAUGUGGAAACAACGCGGACCCCUUGUUAGUUUCGCUGGUGUCGUACAGUCCGAAAAUCGCAAGCAUCAAUAAACAUCGUGAACACGAAUAAUGGAGUUGAAUCUUUGAACAGACUAUUUAAGUACAACUACUUACCCACAUCUAUCGACAAAUCACUUAAUUGUUGUCAUGAUUGUAACUUCCUUUUUGUCGGAUCAUACCAAACCUACCUAAUAAUGAGUAUAUAAGUGUUCCAGACUACCUACAAAAGCGUCCACCUAACUUCGUUAAACAAUGCAUCAAAAAUAAAGUUGCUGCCGAAGAGAUUUAGGAAAAUGACAUUACUUGUUUAAACAAUCACCAAAGGAAAUUUCAAGUCAAAAGUUCCAGAAACAAGAAACUAAGUUACCUGGUCCAAUUUUUAGUUCGGAGCUACACAUCCUGCACACAAUUUUAUAAUGUAUAAAACGGUUUGGUAGCAGAAACAGUCCAGGUCCUGAAUAAGAUGGAUGGGGGCACAUUGCAUGUUAAAACGUAGAUCUUUUUGUAAAUCUGGGCGUGCCAUGUAUGGUAUUUAACUGAUGAAGAUCGUCAACAAAGGAAAGUGAAAAAAUGCCCUCAAAUUACAUAUUCACAGACUCUUUCUCAUUUAUUAAGCAUGCAUCUACAGUAAUUUUUGUACGGCUUUGCCAGCUUAAGUUAGGGGACUCCACCGGAAGUUCUUUUGAUAGUAUCUUACAUGUAGUAUUAUGAAAAAUAACUAUGAACGUCAUGUAGUAACGAUGAAACGUAAGAAAAAAUGUAAACUAUACUUAAGGUGGCAAAGUCGUAUAGAAAUGACUGUAGGGCUUUAAACCGGGGCCUGGGGCAUUUCACCGAGUGUAAUGUUUGUUUUGCAAAACUCCAGUAGCAGGGGGGGAGGACGUAUGAAUAUGGUAACACUUUAGCUAUCAUGAUGCUGCAAUAUUAUUUAACAAUAUAAAAGUUCAACAUUACCUGACCAAACUAUUUAUACUGCAGCUUCCCACAUCAUGCCAUCAUUGCCAUGUGACAUUAAAUGUAAAGUUAUAAAUUUGACACUCAUGUUAAUAUUAAGGUUGCAGGACACCCUUUUUGGCGUUUUGCGGAAAAUCGCUACUGCGCGCUCAAAUUCAGUCCGAUUUUCAUCAAAUUUUUACCAAAUGUUCGCCAGUGCAUGCAAAAUAUGGUAAAGUUAUAAAAUUAACAAACAAUAAAAUCUCGAAUAAAAUAAUGUAAGAAUUAUUCAGGAAAAUCGUAAAUCGCGGUACCGUUACGCUUUUGAGUUGUGCUCCUGCUGGUUUUAAGUUAUAUUUAUGAAAAUAUCAUUUUUAAACAGUAAAAUAGUUGUUCUAAAAAAUUGUGUUCGGAAUUUUCUGUUUAUUUCGUCAUUCCGCUGAUAUGGCGAUUUCUUUGACGACUGCAAUAUAUUUCUGAAUUGUUUGAGUGAAUUGCUCUUUAUUAUUAAAAUAUCCAAAAUUAGGACAAAGCCGAACACUAUUUUGAAACUGACGUCUUUAGCUAUGUCCUGUGAAAAUUUGAGAGAAAUUCGUUAAAACCCGCAGGAGCACAACUCGUUUGAAAAUCAGUAAUUGCCGUAAAAUUCUUCGGGAGAAAAUUGAAUUUGAAUAUUACAUUUUCAAUGUUUUCUUAUUGCAGCGAAAUGUAUUUUAUUAAAUAACUCUGCGAGUUUUCAACAUUUUUCGUUCAAACUUGGUCAGGUAGUAGAACUAGUCUAAUGCUUUCAUAGAGACCAAUACAAAAAUUUUAGGCAAAAUUAACACUCAAAGGUGUUCUGUAACCUUAAAUAUACCAAAUCUCAACUGUGUGUUCUUCAUUUUAAAUCCAAAUGAACAGAGGUAAAAAAAGCUUGAAGCCUGAAGAAGAGUUCAGCUCGGGAAUGAAGACCUUUAAAAUUAUUCUCGAACAAAUCUCGAUGUAUUGUGUAUUUCACGAUUCAAACGAUAUCGACUUAUGGUAAUACAUGUUACGAUGUUACGAUGAGAUUACGAGUAAAUGAGAACAACCGGAUGCCGAGUGUAUUGACGUCACCCACAACGAACGCCCUUGAGGUGGUCAAUUCCCACUUCGCCUGGAAAGUGAGAAUGACAAAAAAUGUGUCACGCGACUUUACACUGUAAUGUAUUCUAUUUAAGCUAAAUAAUAAUUAGAACACUCAUCUAACCUUCUAUUUUGUCACCUGUAAGGCUGUAACAAUGUGUGACUGCCAACUCUCUUCAACUCUUGUCAACUUUUAUCCUCGUUUCACCGGGGAUGUUUAAUGGACCUAUUCCCUAAUGAACAAAAUUUUGAUCUAGACAAGUCUAGACAAAUAUUUCACCACAGCUUGAAAGAGCAUCACAAAAUUAGUAAUAUUCUGAAGUUUCGUUGCGAAAUGUUGUAAAAUGCGGAUAAUAUAUAGCCCAGUGAAGUUUGCCGUUUUUCAGUCAUUUUGUAUUACGCACGGGAAAUUGAUACCGCUUUCUGAAAAAAGGUAUCAAUUUCCCGUGCGUAAUACAAAAUGACUGAAAAACGGCAAACUUCGCAGGGCUAUAUUAUCCGCAUUUUACAACAUUUCGCAACGAAACUUUUUGUCUAGACUUGCCUAGAUCAAAAUUUUGUUCAUUAGGGAAUAGGUCCAUUAAACUACGCGGUUGUGGUCUGCACCAUUCGGUUGGGUGAUUGAAAGCUCGUAUGUAUAUAGUGCUACGUGCUUUAAAAUUACAAUACCUAUACUGUUGGGCAAUGUUAAUCCCACCAUAGUUUUAUAAUUUUUGGAGGGUUUGAAUCCAUUCAUACUUCGUUUAGUGUUCAUUCACUCAGAUAAUAAAAUGAUUUGCCUUUCAAUAGUCCGGAUAUUCGGUAAGCCCCAGUGCUCGGCAGCAUUUUCACUUUUAGUUUAAGUAUUCAACAAUUAUCAGGCUUUCUUCAUGCCAUCCAACUUUUCUUCUACUUUCCAGCUUUUCAUGUGUUUUUUUUUUAAAUAUUGCUUGAUUUUCCUACGAUUUUUUUCAUAUUCGACGUUAUGACGUCACCCUAUGAAUAUCUGGAGAGCUAUAUAUUGAGUAGUUCGCUAGCAGCCCGAAAUUUUGUUCAAAGGAAAACCUUAAUUUUCCGUUUCAAAUUUUCGGGUGGGGGCUGCGAGCAGGCUAUAUGUUGAGUCAAUAUGACUAUUUCAUACUUGACCCUUUGCCAAUCAGAAACCAUGUUUCUAAAUUAAUAAUAAUUUGGAUAAUCCUUCUUUGAAAUAGAGGUUUGAUUGUGGUUUAAAUGUUUCAUAGAAGAUGCAGUACGGAAGAAACCUCCAGUCCGGGGUGAUGGUAGUUCGGUGUUGGUAAUUUUGAAAGAUAAAGCAAAUGAAGAAGGCUUAACUGAAGAACAAGUCACUCGACUUGUCCAAGUUGGCACAAGCAAAAAGUUUAGUAAGUACAAUUUUGUUUCCAAUCUUGGUGCACGAAGUAUUGAUGUGACGUAAACGCAAGCCCGGAACUUGCAGUGACGUAAACGCAAGCCUGGAAUUUCCCUCAAACCUCGCCACGGCAAUGCCAAUGGCAUAAAAAAUACGUUAGAGCCACAGUGAUAGGGUGCUGCGGCUCUCCACGGCAAAUAUAUAAACAAUCUACAACAGUUCUACAACUCUCAAUCACGAUCUCAUCAAAUCAAAUCUUAAGUCAAUCUCCAGUCAUUCUCAAUUCAUUAUUAUUAUUAUUUUCUAAAAUUUCACAUUAAGUAGUUAAACACUAAAUUAUAAUGCGAAUUACAGUUAAAAAUGAGAAUAUAUAUCCUAUACACUACUCUAUUUACAGGAAUACUCUUAUUUCAAUCUAAAAACUAUUAAUUUAAAAACUAACUACUAUUAACUAUUAAGAAUUAUUUUAGCUAUUAUAUUGUUCGACUCCAUAGACAAUUGCACUGGUUUUAAAACGCUCAGUCCGACAGUAAAAAUUAUAAAUAAAUUAUAAGUUAAAGUUUAAAUUUAAACCUAAUAAAAUUCUGCCAACAUGUACAAUUUACAACCUUUUAUAUAAUAAGUUAGGCACCUCCUCUAAACCUACGGCGUUGACGCACGCAAUCAAAAGUUUCCGCGCUUGGCUGCCAAGGAGACGCGCGCUACAGUAUUAAAUUAACUAAAUUGUGCACACAACCAUCUAGUACAUGCAUACUUCUAUAUUAUAAAAAAAUUUAACUAUUUUGCGCUUUUAUUCAGCGUGACUUCCGCGACAGUCGCUAUCCUAAUUAUCUAUACGGCAUUUUGUUCUCGAACAACGGCAAUUGCCGCGAUAUAAUUCCAGCCCUGCUUAAAGGGAAGUUCUUUGUUUGCAAUGGACUAUUUGCAUUAUAGACUAAAUUUUGAUCUAGACAAAAAUUUCAUCACAGCUUGAAAGAGCAUCACAAAAUUAGUAAUAUGCCAAAGUUUCGUUGCGAAAUGUUGUAAAAUGCGAAUAAUAUAGCCAUGCGAAGUUUGCCGUUUUUCAAUCAUUUUGUAUUACAAACGGGAAAUUGACAGCCCAAUCGGGUGUUAGGGCAUCAAUUUCCCGUUUGUAAUACAAAAUGACUGAAAAUUGCAAAUUUCGCAAGGCUAUAUUAUCCGCAUUUUACAACAUUUCGCAACGAAACUGUGGGAUAUUACUAAUUUUGUGAUGCUCUUUCAAGCUGUGACGAAAUUUUUGUCUAGAUCAAAAUUUAGUCUAUAAUGCAAACGGUCCAUUACGCAAAUUUGGGAUUUCAGUUGACGGGCAGGUAUAACAAAAAACGGCUAUUUUAAUGUAUUGAUCGAGUUUAGAGACAGUUUAAGACUCAAAAGAUGAUUACCGCUCAGUUUUUCUUGCUACAACCAUUCUGAUAGGAGAAUAACCGUCCACAACUUGUAUGAUUGCCCGUCGUUUGGAUGAAAAAUCACGUGCUUGCAAACAAAGAAUAGCAAUAAAAAUUAAGUUUCUCCUAUUUAGAACUGUGAUUCAACCUAUUUACAGAUUUUCUUUAUCGUUCUUGGUAUAAAAUAUAUUACACUUCAUUUCAAACAAAAUCAUUAUACAUUCCGCCAUCUUGGAUAGGCAUAUCCAUCAUUGGAUAUGCAUGACGUCACAACCAGGGUAGCAUUAUUUUGUAUCCGCUGAGCAGUUCUCAGGCCAUUUUACCGAUAAAUCCUAUUUUUGCUGUUGCGUAUUCUAAAUUAAAGUACAAGUUAUGUAUAAGCUUUCCAGUAGUUUACACUGAUAUUAAUUUUAGUUUCAAAAUUUCUACCCUGGUUGUGACGUUAUUUAAUUAGAUCUCAUUAUAAAAUAAGAUGGUGGAUGGCAGGAUCAGAUGUUUUGGUUUCAAACAUCUCAAAAAUGUAGAUUUAGUUUUAGAGAAUUGGUAAAAAGUUGUUGUUGUUGUUUUGUUGCCAUUUUCAUUUAAAUGCUAUCCAUGCCAACCAUGUUGCCCAAUACUCCGGUGCCUUUCCAGUUUCCAAGAAAGAAUGGCUUCAUAAUGACGUUGUCGAUAUUUCAUUCUAGCUGAUGCAGUUGUGAAUCAGAUUAUCAAAUGUUUAAUUCCAAGAGACGAUGUUACAGCAGAUUGUGUUGUCGAUCUUAUUUCAAAGAUGUGCGCUAAUAAGAUCAAUGUUAACAUUCAGGUAAUCACCUACCAAAUAUACGGUGUUUUAGGGUGUCCACGUGCCUUGUAAAUCCGGGAAAGUUCUGGAAUAUGAAAAAUUAAAUCCAGGCCUUGGCAAUUAUGUUCCCAACACCAUGCCUGAAGAUUUUAUUUUUGUGGAGCCAAUCUUCGAAUAGAGCAAUUAAGGCUAUGCCAGUGCAGCCAGGUGCAGGGUUAGACAAGUUUAACCAAUAACUCUAGGUUAAGAUAGCAAGGCCCGUCGCCUUGACAUGAGUUUUGGAGUUAGCCUGUAACUCCAAAAUUCAUAAGUAAAAAAGUGCAUAUUUCAGUUGAAUUCGGAGCCAGCUCCUUAGACUAUCGAGGUAGCGUCACUCCAUGGCGCUCCCUAACCUGUGCAGCCAUGCCAAGCACUCACCUGGGCAGAACCCUAUAAUCCAAAUAAUACUACUGUAUAUCGUAGGUGUCAUUUCUGAAAUGGCUUAUUAUGGUUUAUGAAUGGAUCAAUGACAAGGAGAAAGUUCAUUGUUUAUAUGGCAUGAUAUUUCUCUUCUUGGACAAUGAUGCUCUGGUGAGUAUUUGUAAUCAAUAGUGCUUGAAAAACAGAAACUAUCACUGGGGUAAUGCAGUUGGCAGUGGCGGUACAAUAAGUACAGUAAGUCCCACCCCAAAGUUACUUACCUGUACGUCCGUGUCAGUCCCUCGAUAGAAUUCUAGGGCUACACCCAAGUCCCUGGUUUUCCAGGUUUUUAGAAAUAAUCCAGUUACAAUCUGUACAAUCAUGUAAUUUAUAAAUUUCUAUCUAGUGUCCUUACAUAUGUCAUCUUCUGUACUCCAUGACACGAAAAGAAGAUGGUGAGUUGUGAAUCGUCUUUUUCAGAAAUAUAUAAUCUUGACUGUUGUAAUUUGAUUCUGGGGGUUGAAAUUUAGACUUCCAACUAGUUACCAUGUAUGCUGGGAAUAAGAUCAGGUCACAAAAUUUGAUAUCAGAUCGCCCUAUCACUGGAAAAAAUAGUGAAAUUCAUACUACGGAAUUUGCGAUUGCAUCACUAAACCAUGGUAUAUCCAUACUAUUUCCAUACUAUAUCCAUACUAUGGAAAUUGCAAUUACCUGUAGUAUUAAAAUUGGAUUUCCAUACUAUUUUCAACUAACUUCCACACUAUUUCCAUAGUAAAAUGUAUAUGAAGACUUAUUGAUCAAUAAAUUGAGCUACGUACAGUAUGCAUUCGUGAAUUACGUAAUAAUUAUAUCAGAUAUAAGACAAAUUGUGAAACUGUCAGACUCUGUGUUCUAAUAUAAUCUCACUCGCCACGAUGUCUGUCAGACUCUGUUUUCUAAUAUAAUCUCACUCGCCACGAUGGCUACCUUUGCCAAAUAUCUGAUCCCCAGGUAAUAAAUUUGGUCGCAACUGGCAAUCUGGCGCCUUGUUAUUUCAACCCUGGAUUUGAUUACUUAUAUUCAGUGAUAAACUUAUUCAUAGUCUAGACUGAAUAUUCUGCUAAUAUAUGUUCUGUGUAGGAAUGGGAUUCGAAUUCAUUCCUGGGACUGAGCGAUUUUAAAUAUAUACAUGAAUGCAUGCAUGCUCCAAUUAUCUUUCAUGGGCAAAAUUUGUAUGAAAAUUACUCCUGACAUUCUGAAGUUUGAUUUUUUUCUUCACCCAGUGAAACCUUUCAGGUUAAGGAAGUUAUUGGAUCUUUUGGGGAAAGUGGUAAGUACUAUUUUAUAGAUGAACUAUGUCUAUAUUUAUUAUACAUUGUGGUCACUACGUGUCUUCUGCAGAUAAAUACAGAAAUCACGAACAGUGUUAUCUGUAGGUUGAGCCAAAGCAAACUUUUUGACAUUUAUAUUCUAUUUCUAUUUUUACAUGCAGGGCCAACAAGCGCAUUUGAUAGGUCUUUUGUCUUUGUAUAAAGUUCACGCGCCUCACGUGGUCUCGGUCAAUAUUCCGAAAAUUAAAAAGGUACAGUAAACAUGUAUGUCAAUAUGAUAGGUAUAGAAUCUAUGCAAUCUAUUUAUUCAUGAAUAUUUAUAGUCACCAGGAUAUAAAACACUUCAGCAAAAAAGUACUGCUUGAAAAGGAAGAGAAGAGACUGGGGAGCCGUGACGAGCAGACGUGUGCUUUUCUGCUCCGCUGUAUUUGUAUUAUUUGUAUUCGUUUGAUAAGAAAUAUGCCACCAAAAAAGAGAAAUAUUGCUACUGAGAAGACUGCUUCAAGAAUUGAAGACAAAUCUGAUGUUAUUGCAGAAGAUUCCCAUACAAGUGAUCAAAAUGAUGAAGUACGAAGUGAUCUUGAAUCGUUUCUUGAUAGACGCCUACAACAACAGACUAAAUCAAUUAACGAAAUGUUCGAAAAGUUUACAACUUCUACUAAAUCGGACUUGGAUGAUAUUAAAGCCAGUCAAGAAUUCAUUAGCUCUAAGUUUGAUGAGCUAGCUAAUUCAGUUGAUAUCUUGAAGGCUGAAAAUCAUGAGUUACGUUCACAAAACGAGUCGUUUAAGAAGAGAAUUGAUAACCUUGAGGGUUAUGUUACAACACUUGACGUCGAUUUGGAAAGCCUCAGAGAAUAUACUCGAAGAGAUAUGCUUGAAAUACAUGGAGUCCCAAUUUCGACUGGGGAAAAUACAAACGAAAUUAUUAUUGCAAUUGGACAAUUGUUAGGUGUGAACAUUAAAGAGUCGGAUAUUUCUAUAAGUCACCGACUAUCGGCAAGAGAAGGGUUCAUUGCUCCAAUAAUUGUCAAGUUCUCAAGACGAGAUAUUCGUAAUGCGAUGCUGAGUAAAAAAAGCAAUCUACGGAAUAAAUCCUCGCUUGAUUUGGGUUUGAAUGAAGAAGUCAAAAUUUAUUUAAAUGAAAGCCUGACACAAAGGGGUAGGUCACUGCUCCGAGCAGUGAGAGCAUUCAAGCGAGACUUUAACUUUAAAUUUGUUUGGACAGCUAAUGGAAAGGUAUUUUUAAGGAAAAAUAAUAGCCAGGAAUCUAGAGUUUAUUCAUUUUCCUCAAUUAAAGAAUUUGACGAAUUUAAACUGGACACUAGGAAUUAGUAUUUACCUACACCAGUUAUGUGACUUCUGUUGUGUGUCAAAUAAUUAGUUAACUUCGAUUCUUACUGCCGUGUAUUACCCUUUUAUAGUCUUAAUGAUGAAGAAUUUGAUCAUAUGAUUUAUGAAUUACAGAAUGGCCCUGUUAGUUACGAUGAAAACAGACUUUCAAAUUUGAUUUUUAAUCCGUUAAAUACUUCGUUUAAUAAGACUAUUGAUCAGUUUACAAUCGGUAGUGGUUUGGAUCCAGAUUGCAAUUACUAUUCAGGCGCUCACAACUGUGAUUACUAUACUGAGGAUGGGUUUAAUGCAAAAUUGCGUUCUCAAG